AUGGGCGAUACCAACAUCGGUGAAAAUGUGGGAACAGGCACCAAGGUCCUCAAUAUAGCAGUUGCUGGCCUGGGCCGCAUGGGAAAACGACAUGUCUCCAUACUCCUAGGUCGAGUCCUCAGAGCCAAUGUCGUCGCAGUAUGCAGUGUUGCGCCGCACGAAGUCGAAAGGGCUCGCAAGAAUCCGGACUAUAUCGACUUCAACGUAUCAGUCUACGACAACUAUGAAAACAUGUUAGACCACCCAGGUCUGCAAGCGGUUUGGAUCUCCACCAGCACAGACGUCCAUGCUGUCCAGACCAUCAAGGCUAUUGAGAAAGGGCUGCAUGUUCUUUGCGAGAAGCCGUUAAGCAUCAACCUGGAUGAGGUCUCGGCGGCGAUCCAAGCAGCUGAAUCCCGUCCGGAUCUGAAAGUGAUGGCCGGAUUCUCACGACGUUUCGAUGCCUCAUAUCGCGACGCCCACAAGAAGGUCAUGGACAAGGCCAUUGGUGAACCGUUCUUGAUCCGCAGCAACACAUGCGACCUGCUGGAUGACACGGGGUUCUUCGUCCAGUAUGCGAAGCGCAACGGCGGCAUCUUCGUCGACUGCACAAUCCACGACAUCGACCUGGCUUUGUGGUUCCUAGGCAAUCCCAAGCCCAAAUCAUGCUUUGCCGUCGGCACGUUGAGACACCAUCCUGAACUGGCCGAGUCACAGGACGUCGACAAUGGCGUGGCUGUGGUGGAGUUCUACGGCGGCAAGAUCGGCUACUUCUAUGCCAGUCGUACCCAGUCUCAUGGCCACGACGUUUGCACCGAGGUUACCGGUACUCAGGGGAAGGUCAUGGUCAAUGUCAUCCCCAGAGUUAACAACGUCGUCCUUGCUGACAAGAUGGGUAUGCGCCACGAAGUCCAGCCUGAGUACUGGCAAAGAUUCGAGGAAGCCUUUGUGACGGAGGCCAACGAGUUUGUCGAUAGUGUGCUCUAUGACAAGCCUGUUCCCGUACCACUGGAUGCUGGCUUCAUGGUCAUGAAAAUUGGACGCGCGUUGCAGGAAAGUCUAACCAUGGGGCGCGUCGUGAAAUUUGAUGAACAAGGAAACCAGAUGACGGAUUGA